CUAAUGUUCACACCAAAACAAUAUCGAUGCGGAUAUGUGUUCAUUGCUUACAGAGUAUUUAGAAUCAGAUGCUACCGGGGAAAAAAACAACAGCUGAAACACCGUUUACAUCAGAUUCUUGCGGUAAGGCUUCGACAUGAGCAGUUUAGGCUACAUGGUCAGUCCACCCACACUGUCAGUCUCAUAAUCUCUGCCUGAACCUGCCUCAGACGGAAAACGCUCUCACGCAUUCACUUUUGGUUAUAAGAGUGUAUUAACUGAUGGCGAUUAAAUCCUGGCUGACUUACAACGCGACAUUGAUGCUGCUUUUAAUAACAUGGAAGGAAAGCGUGCAUUGCAAUGGAUUUACAGUGGAUCCUCCUGAGGACCUUGAGAUACUAGACCCUGGUCAUCUUGGACAUCUGGAGAUUACAUGGAUCCCCCCAGCCAGCUUGAUUAAUAUGACAGACUGCCCAGUACAGUAUCAGCUGGAGUACUACAACACAUAUAGGGACAGUUGGACUGCUAUCAGGACGACUAGGAGGACAUACAGUGCCCAGUUUGAUCUGAUGAAAGAUGUUAGAGUGAGAGUGUACACCUUGCUGAGGGGACCCUGCACCAACGACACUAUGAUCAAGAGUGCAAGAUAUACUGAACUGGUCCAGAAACCUCCCAGCAAAGGUGUUGUGGGUACCGCAGUCCAGGAUUUUAUCUGUGUUUACCAUAACAUGAAGUACAUGGAGUGCAAUUGGGGAAGAAGCCCAAAGACGCCUGUCAACUCACAGCAAAGUCUAUAUUUCUGGUACAAGGAACUGGAAAAGGCAGAAGAAUGCCCGAAAUACCUAAUUUCAAGCCAAGUCAGGAGUGGCUGCGACUUCACAGGGAUGUCUCUCCCUGAUUUCACUGAUAUCAACUUCUGUGUUAAUGGCUCCUCUCCUGAAGGGCCCCUGAAACCAACAUACAUCUCCCUGCAAAUUCAAAACCAUGUGAAGCCUGAGACCACAGAGAAGCUGCAUUUGCAAACAGGUCCAGACUUGCAGCUGGAACUACACUGGGACCAUCCUGUUGGUAGGGUUCCUGGACACUGCCUAGAAUGGGAGGUGGAACACCUUCAAGAGGGACCUGAUGGAAAAAUUGCAUCGGAGCAGAUUCUAACCAAACAGACGAGCGUAAUAGUGCCCUCCAUCCACAACAAUGAGAGACACUGCUUCAGGGUUCGGUCUAAAUUGCAUAAGUAUUGUGCAGACAAAAGCUUUUGGAGUGAGUGGAGUCGUCCAUCAUGCCACCCAGAAAAGAAAGAAGUCGCACCUGAAGCAGAAUGGGACAUGGUACCUGUCUAUGUAUAUAUUGCUGUUACCAUCAUUGUCGUACUGGUGCUGUCGCUGUGUGUGGGGGCAGUGCUCAAAGUGAGGAGAUCAAGACAAGUGAAGAAGCCAGACUCUCUGCUCUCUCUGUUUGCCAGAAAUCCAGUUCUUACAGUGGUGGAGGCCUAAAAAGGCAAGAAAACCUGCACCUUCAUCGCUCUCAAAGAGCACGUCUGACAGAUGUUUUAUUGUUGCACUCCCCUGCUCUCAUUUUCAGGGUCGCUGAUUGAAAAUCACACAAUGAAGCUCAAAGAAGCAACACAGUCAUCACCUGAGAUUGUAGCCACUGCUAACACAUUACUGAAGAUAUUACAUAUUAGGGUGAAGGUUACAGUGGGUUAUAUACAAAAAAUUAUCAAAUUUACAAACAGUAUUAUAGUUUUCAAAAUACUGGACUGUGCAUGCCUUUUUUAUUUACAUUUGUAUGUCUCCGCACUGGCAAUGUUUUCUGGUUGUCCGUAUGUACGUCCCAUUCUCGUGAAUGCGAUAUCUCAGAAAUGCCUGGAAGGAAUUUCUUACAAUUUGGCACAAACGUCCACUUGGACUCAAGGAUGAUUAGAAUUUGGUUGUCAAAGGUCAAGGUCACUGUGACCUCACAAAACACAUUUUUGGCCAUAACUCAAGAAUUGAUGAACAUAUUUCACGGACAAUGAAUUGGUGACACCUUUGACUCAAAGGUCAAAGGUCAACUUCACUGUGACAUCAUAAUGACCUGGAAAAAUACUUUUUGGCCAUUAUUCAACACCAUAACUCAGGGAGAGAAGGGAAGAUUGUGACCAUAUUUUAUUUAGCUAUAAUUUAAGAAUGAAAUGGCCAAUUCCAGAUGUCACACACACAUUGACUGGGUCAACACAAUGAGUAAACAAUAACUAGCACAGUUCAGGCUUUCCUCCAGCUUGUCCAUUCUGCCUUUCACUUCCUGCCUCAUUCUGAAUUUUGAGCAUCAUCAAAAUCACAUGACUGCAAACAACACAUUGGAGCACGCCUCCAAAAAUGCCAGGAGCUAUGCUCUAUAAGAAUCCAUCUUUACAUAGUAAUCAAGUACAUGUGAUGCCUGUUUAGCCAAUACAUCUAUGAUAAUCCUUCAUUAAUCAGUUCAACAAUGUAUAUUCACUGGAAUCAUAUAUAUGUAUCAUCAAUAUAGUGAUAACUUCCAUUUAGCCAAAAAAUACACUUUAUACCUUUUAUUCAAUUCCUUUCAAGUAUUCACUACAUAUAUGAGUCUGGACAGACAUGGAUGUAAACUGCAACUUGACUGGUUGGCGGAGGCAUACAACUGUGGGGCAGUAAUUCUAGUUAUACAAAUGCUUGAAUUUAUAUGAACUAUUCUGAGAUGUCAUGUUAACUGGAAAUGUUACAUUAUGGAGAAAAGUAUCACUCUUUAUAAUUGUUUUUCCAAUCGGUUGUUUACUUUUUGCUACAACUCUUCCCAGCUUCUUUAGUCAGCAGAAAUUUCUUUGCUGAUGUUGUGUUUAGGAGCAAUUACUUAUUCUUUGGGAAUUUGUUUUUGAUGUUGUACUAUUUGCCAGAUCUCUUGCCAGUUGAUUCAGUCGGCACAGGUCCACUUCAUGUUGUGAAAACAUUCUGUUUUGUGUUUAAUUGUUAACUUUUUGCCUCAGCUCUUGCCAGUCAACAAAGAUUUUAUUAUGUCAAAAUAUACAGGGAUAAUAUACAUGUGAAAUGAU